GCCGGAUAUUUGGGGGGGGGGGGGUGGAAGAGAAAGACACCGGCAUUGUUUUUAAAGCUUCUAAAAAUGAACAGCCCAGCAGUCUUAUGACACCUCGACGACUGAAAUAUUUAUUGUGGACUUAAGUUUUCUAGAAAGCGUUUCCCUCAGUGACGGAAAAGGAGAGUCGGCCCCGCCGCCUGAGGCGGGAUGGGCAAAUAAAAGCGUUCGCAAGAGACGCCUCAGGCCCGGGAGUCUCGUGUGAACUCUCGCACCGUGUAAACUCAAGUUUUUAAGAGUUCUUGUUAAAGAGGAUGAGGGUCCCCUCCUCGUCCCCUGCAGCCGAGCCCCGCUGUCCCGGCUAAAGCUCUGGCUUGACACCCCCGCCGUCACUUUAGGAAAAGGCUCCUGUGUCAGGCGGCCGCCGCUGAGGCCCACCUUCCCUCUUCAGGACGCGCGCCACAGAUUUCCACCAGGCCGCCUGGUGGAAGAGACUCAGGGGCGCCGGAGCCUCGCUCGUCCUCUCCGCCCCGCUCCAGCUGUGCAGAGAGGCGCUGCAGCCAGCCAGCCAACCCAGCCCGCCCCGCCCUGUCCCGCCUCCGGAGCCCCAUAGCGGUCCUAGCAGCGCUGAGGAGGAAGAAGAGCGCGCGAGGGAAGGGCCGGCCGCGCCGUCUCCUCGCCCGCCAAGAUGUCUCGCGGGCUGCAGGUGGUCCGCACCGACGCCAGCAGCGGCAGCAGCGGGGGCGCCGCGUCGACGUCCUCGGCGGCGCUUUCGGCCUCGGGGCCGGAAUCCGGGCUGCUGGACAGAGGCUACGCGGGCUCGUGCUCCGCCUUGCUCAAAGUGGCCCAGAUGGUAAGGGGGCGAGGCGGGCGGUCCAGGGAUUCCGGGGCUCCGGGUUCCUUCUCCAAAGUUUUGGAGCUUGUUUUGCCGCGCGCCUUUUUCUUCCCCCUCAAGGGAGGACGACGUGGCCUAAAUCUGGCGCUCCAAUGAGAGGCAGAAGGCUUCUUGCACGUGUUGCUCCCGCCAGCGCGCCUCUCUCCAGGAAUAGCGGGCGCCACAUUGCGCCGUCGAGCGCGCGAAGGAGAAGCGCGGCUCUUCGCGCUGCUAUCGCUCCACGCCGCCUUUGGACAGCAGUGUUUGGGUGUUGGGAGGGAAGCUGAGCUGACUGCUGGUUUCAAAGUCUAUGGCCUAGCAACUGUGACUGGCUAUAUUUACGCAGAGGCGUACCUAGGCUCCCUCGUGCGUCCGUGGCGCGGAGCUGUAUCUGCGCCUCCGAAGGCGGGAGAGACCAUGGACCAGAAACUCAAAAAAAGUUUGCUUUCCGUCGUCUUUUGCGCUCCGCCAGUGACUUCCUCCGCGGCCAUGGAGUCGGCUCUGCUCUGCUCAGCCUUUCCGACGGCCCAGCUGCCUGCCUCCCUCCACUUACUGCUUUCCCUUCUGCCUCCUUCCUUCCUUCCUUCCUUCCCGUUUUCCUCGUCUUGCAACUCCCGCCUGCUCUCCGCAUCUUUCUUCCCUCCCCGCGCACUUCUAAUAGCGCCGCUUAGAUGCCCUGGAAGAACUACAAAGGACUGAGACAUAGAAGCUUGCCGUAACUGUUUGAUAAAUUAAGUACCUUGGGGCACAGGUGGGGCAGCUACACUUGUUAGGGUUCCCCCCAGAAACAAGCCUCCUUCGUGAGUGGAGGAGUAUUUCCACUAGUGGAUCCAGUCCUUUACCAUUGUUUUGUGUUUGUUGUGCAUGGUUCUCUUCUAGAUCUGAAGAAAAAAUAAUAAGGGGAAGCUUUGCAUCUGCAUAUAAAUUGAAAACAUGUCAACUUAAGAUUUCUUUAGGACAUGACAGGAUUAAAGCUCAAGAUUGCUAAACCCUUUGUCUUUUUUAGCUUGGAAGCUAGCUCUGGAAAGACUGCAUUAAAAAUAAUCACUUGCUAGAAAGAGAAACAUUUUUGCUGUAAUCUUUUUCCCAUGUGAAGGCUCUCUAUUUCAGCUGCAGCUGAAUUUCCUCCGAUGUUUCAAAAUGUAAAACCAAUUCAGUAUGGCAUUUUUGUUUGCUUGUUUUUUUAAAAAGGCGGGCUCUAUAAAUAUUGAAAGAUUAGCUGUGAUUUGAGUAGCAUUGUAAAGAACUAGUAAUAGCAGAUUCAGCUGAGUCAAAACAGGAAGACACAAAAAAUGUGUUUCCUGUUCAAAGAAGACCCUGGGAAUUGAGGUGUUUUACUGUCAACUACUUUCUCUAACCUUGAAAAAAAAAAAAAGCUAGAGAAAGUAUUGCACAUGGUAACCCCGACAUCUGAGAUUUAGAAAGGGAAUUCUGCUCAAAUGCUUAACUGUCAAGUUACGGCUUAUUGUAUCAAAUCUCUUAUCUUGCACACACUUGUUGCAUUGCACAGUGGGGACUGGAAUCCAUCUUUCACUAGAGAAGGUGCAUGAGUUUUCCAGGAUCUCUUCCCUAUCCCUUUCAUUAUUAUUUUUUGAGGAUUUCUCAAGUGGGAUUGCAUUACCCCGCUAACAGAGAGAGGGGGGGAAAUAUGAUCUCUUAACUUUUACCUAGAAGGAAUAAUUUUUUUUUACAGAUUAUAAAUUCAAAAAUACAUAUUGAUUGAGAACUGAUAGACUGGUGUGCUCUGGGAGAUCAAGGUUUUGUAUGCACCUCAAUGAAAACAAGGGAUGCGGGUGGCGCUGUGGGUUAAACUACAGAGCCUAGGGCUUGCUGAUCAGAAGGUCGGUGGUUUGAAUCCCCGCGAUGGGGUGAGCUCCCAUUGCUUGGUCCCAGCGCCUGCCAACCUAGCAGUACAAAAGCACGCCAGUGCAAGUAGAUAAAUAGGUACCGCUCCGGUGGGAAGGUAAAUGGCGUUUCCGUAUGCUACUCUGGUUCACCAGAAGCAGCUUAGUCAUGCUGGCCACAUGACCCGGAAGCAGUAUGCCAGCUCCCUCGGCCAAUAAAAUUAGAUGAGCGCUGCAACCCCAGAGUCGUCCACCACUGGACCUAAUGGUCAGGGGUCCCUUUACCUUUACAAUGAAGAUAGCCGCUUUUUCUGGGGUUUCCUUUUUUGCAUGAAGAGCUACCCUUCAUGGAAGCGAAGGUUCUGAAAUCUCCAUCUGUGCAGUGGAAUCGUUUAUCUCCAUGAGGGGUUGCUGAAUUGGUUUGAAAGAGCAGUUCAAUUCGGGCAUUAUAUGGAUGAGUAAGUAGAAUAUGUGGAUGGGGAGGAAAGUGCCACUUCUGUUCCACCUGUCCCUGUCACCUUGCACGAGUUGAAGGACAACCAUCUGCAGUGAGGGACCUCUGGUGCUUAAUGGAAACUUCCCAUGGCAGUGUAGAGCCAGGAUUUCUCCAGUAUUCUGCAUCUUGUGGGGAAUCUAUAGGAGCACAAUGCCUUCACUGCAGACACUCUGCCUUCCAACUCUUGUACAGUGAUGGGGACAGAGGUAGCCUGCUCGUCCCUGUUUGCAUAUUGUAUGUAAUGUUGAGUUGUAUAAUGCCAGAAUGCAGCUAAUCAGAAGCACCUUCAUUGGUUGUAGAGCUUCCUAACCUUCCCAGUAUCUAAUCCAAAUGCCUUCCCUAGCACCUAUGGGGUCCUGUCCUCCCCCACCUGCCAUGCUGAGAUUAGUUUUGAAAGACAUAGUCUUUUGCAGCUGUUAAAUGGAAUGUCUGGCAGGGGAAGAAUAAGUGUAUUUGUGUGUUGCGUCUGUGUUCUGAUUAUGUACAUGGUGCCCAGAACAGUUUCUCUGGUUUGCAAAUGUACUCACAGGCCCAGAAAGAUUGGCGGCCUCUGAAGUGUGUAAAUAAGGCUGGACAUCUCUAAAUGUGGAGGAUCUUGGAAUUUCGAAGCUUAAGGAGUCUUAUGUGUACUUCCUUAAGUACUGAAGGUCGUGGGUUUUUGGAUAUAAUUUGCUGGGUAGCACAAGAGGAAGGGAAGGUGCUAUUGAGUUCUGGUACACGUUGCAGGCUUCUUACAGGCAUCUAGUUGGCUCUUGUGGGGAGAGGAUACAAGACUAAAUGUGGUGUUUUCAUAUUUAAAACAACUGUAAAUUAUUCUUAAAUGCAAGGUUUUCCUCUUUUAGUCUAGAAUGAGACAAAGUGUUAGCAUACAACAUGGGUAGGCAAACUAAGGCCCGGGGGCCGGAUCAGGCCCAAUUGCCUUCUAAAUCCGGCCUGUGGACGGUCCAGGAAUCAGCAUGUUUUUACAUGAGUAGAAUGUGUCCUUUUAUUUAAAAUGCAUCUCUGGGUUAUUUGUGGGGCAUAGGAAUUCAUUCAUUUUUUAUUUUUUAUUUCCAAAAUAUAGUCCGGGCCCCCACAAGGUCUCAGGGACAGUGGACCGGCCCCCUGCUGAAAAAAAUUGCUGACCCCUGGCAUACAGUCAUUGUGUUCUGGAUCUCUGUUUGCUGAUGACCUAAGCCCCCACUUAGCAAAAUAGUAGUAACUGUUGCUGUCCUUAGAAACCUGCCCUCUUGGCAGCUUGAACCCAACUAAACAUUUACACCGAAGUUCCACUGACUUCAAACUGAGUUGCAUGCUGUAAGUUUGCUUAGGUUUGUACCCCAGUGUAUUCCCUCCCCCAAUAUACUUUUGUAAUCUAAACUUUUAAGUUUUAUUAUCGUUACUUUAGUUGGAAUUGUUAUCCUCUGUUUGACUCUUCAAGAAGUGGUUUUUCCUUUUCUUUUCAUUUUGAGCAUUUUACUGCGAGUUGGAACUUGGGAGUUUGUUUCUUUUGCUUUCCUAUUCACUCACGCUCUUUUGUCUCUUGCCUUUCAGCUAUUGCUCCUGAUCGGAUUUAUUUGCAUCAUUGCUUCACCAGUGGCCGGUCACAGUACAUAUACCUACUUCAAAAUUGUCUCCAUGUUUGACUUAGUUAUGAUCUUCAUUUUCUACGUUGUCUAUAUCUUCAGAAUUUACCGAAUGCUGACUUGCAUCAAUUGGCCACUUGCAGUAAGUUACUGCUCAUAGUUAAAAUCGCUUUUGUUUUUAAUUUCCGGGGGGGGGGACAAAUUACUUUUAAUAAAUUGCCCCAUGGCACUUGUAAAGACAAACAAAAGCUCCCCCCCACCCCCCAAAAAAACGUUAGUAAGUCAGUGGGACCAAAAAGCCAUAAAAUGUGACAGUGAGAUCUAGGCAAAGUCCAAACGUAAAGAGAAUUAAAUCUUAAGUGAUCAGCUCCCAGUCAUCAGUUUUCACAGUAAGAAAACUUACAUUAUCAGAACAUAAAGAGGAACCUCAGGGUUUCCCCCAGCACACUUUCAGGCCCUUUUGAAACAGCAGGAUUCCUGUGACUCCUAAGGUAAAGGUAAAGGGACCCCUGACCAUUAGGUCCAGUCGUGGCCGACUCUGGGGUUGCGGCGCUCCUCUCGCUUUAUUGGCCGAGGGAGCCAGCGUACAGCUUCCGGGUCAAGUGGCCUGCAUGACUAAACCGCUUCUGGCGAACUAGAGCAGGGCACGGAAACACCGUUUACCUUCCGCCGGAGCAGUACCUAUUUAUCUGCUUGCACUUUGACGUGCUUUUGAACUGCUAGGUUGGCAGGAGCAGGGACCGAGCAACGGGAGCUCACCCCGUCGCGGGGAUUCGAACCACCGACCUUCCGAUCGGCAAGUCCUAGGCUCUGUGGUUUAACCCACAGCGCCACCCACGUCCCCUCCCGUGACUCCUAGCUAUCCUAAAAUGUGAUGGGCUCUGCAAUCUGCAUUUGCAACAAGCAAGUUAGAGGGGAUGCAUGUGUGUCGGCUGUGCUGCUCAGCUGCCAGGAUGUUUCAGUUUCUGCAGAUGGUUGAAGACUAUACUGUAGUACUUGCAUGACAAUGGCAUUUCCCCGCUCCUGAUUUGACCUAGCCUUCUCUGCUGCUAUCGCUGCAUACAGCAUCCACUGGAGAGAUGAGUCUGCUCUGUCUCUCUGACUUGCUAUUCAGGGACAAGAGUCAACUGCUGCAGGCCCUCUCCCACGGGGAAGGUCAGACAAUUGGAAAAUUUGCUGCAGAAUGUUCAUAGCCCAUGGAGGGGCAAAGGAGUGCAAAGUAGCAGAGCAAACUCUGUGUUGGAGUUUGCUCUAAUUAGUACCCAAGAGAAUAAAAACAACAUCUCAUGCAGUUCGGGUCUUCCUGGGAAAGACAGAGAGAGGUGUAUAGGUGACAUUAUCACUUUCCUAUUGUACUGUAAAGUCCCGGUUUCAGAAAUAUCACGUAGUUCAUACCUCCUGGGACCACCACUGUACCACUUUAGAAAUGCUUAUCAGUUUUGAAAUGCUUCUUCUUUGCAGAUCAAAAAGUAGGAUGGGUGUGUGGAGACUAGACCCACCUCUGUGAUAUGUUAACUUUCCGCAGUAGCCUUAAGACAUGCGAUUCUAUAAUCUGCUUUUUAGUGGCACUGUGGGUUAAACCACAGAGCCUAGGACUUGCUGAUCAGAAGGUUGGCGGUUCGAAUCCCCGUGACGGGGUGAGCUCCCGUUGCUCGGUCCCUGCUCCUGCCAGCCUAGCAGUUCGAAAGCAUGUCAUGUGCAAGUAGAUAAAUAGGUACUGCUCUGGCGGGAAGGUAAACGGUGUUUCCUUGUGCUGCUCUGGUUUGCCAGAAGUGGCUUAGUCAUGCUGGCCACAUGACCCGGAAGCUGUCUGAGGACAAACACCGGCUCCCUCGGCCUAUAGAGCGAGAUGAGCGCGAAACCCCAGAGUCGGUCACGACUGGACCUAAUGGUCAGGGGUUCCUUUACCUUUAUCCCUCGUUUGGAAAUGUAGUUGCAGCAUCUCUGUUAAAGGCUUUAAAAUCAGGUGUAUGUAUUAUUAUAGUUUUAUAUGCCACUUUUCCUCGCAGGAGCUCAAAGUGGCAUUGAAUCCACGUGCAGGUGUCUUCCUAUGCACAGCCCCAGUAUUAAGCUGAGAGUUAGAACAUGCAUCUGUUGUGAAUUUAUUUAUCCUUAACCUUAUGCCCCAAGAAGCUCACACCAGAGGAAUAAAGAAAAGUUGGUUCAUUUCUUGAAACGGAAGUGAUAGCGAAUAUGAAUGCUGCUUCGGAAAGCAAAGUUGCAAAUAUAAACGGGCAGCAAAUCAUGCCGCAUUCACACUAUGAUUUAAGGAGCAAAAAGGGAUCCCUGUGUAUUCCAAAGCCUAAAGAGAGAAUGGCAAUUUGGCCACAGAUGCACACUAAAAGUGAGGAAGGGAAGCAAGCAGAACCCUCAGAGAUCAAUAGGGCUUUGCCUUUCUGUUUGGGAGUUAUGCUCUCCUCAUCAAUACAUGCACCAGCAAGUCUACAGCAUCUCUCUUACAGUUAACUCUUGUGCAAUCUUGAAAAGAACUUGUUUGUUUGUUUGUUUUGGCGGGGAGUGGGAAAAGCAAGGGACAGCAACCUUAUCUGUUUCAGCAGAACAGUGUCUUUCCUCCAGGAAAUGUGAUUUGGGCCAGAGACGGCAGUCCCAUGUUUCCUUUUUCACAGGUGAUUUAAAGCAAAAGAAUCUCAUUGGCUGGCAGUGUUGUGCCACAUUGAAAUGCUCCUUUUAUUGGGUUGUCUUCAAAAUUGUUCUGUGCUUGUUUCUUUUCAGGAGUUUCUCCAUUACCUAAUAGGUACCACCCUUCUUCUCAUUGGAUCUGUGGUGGUGGUGGCCAGAAGCUCUGGGUCAGCAAGUCUUACAGCUGGAGCGGUGAGGCUACUCCCCCCCCCCCAUAUCAACAAGGAAUUGCUUUUACAUUGUUACUGCUGGGGUCUGAUUUUAGUGCAGAUUCCAAGUUUUUUCUGCAUAAUUACUCUUUGUAUGCAUGUAAGGUAGAGCUGCAUGUAAAGUAGAGCUUCAGUCUAUACCACAAGUCAGGAUUUGUCCCUUGUGUGUGCUCUGUACCCUGGUUGGGUUGAGUGUUGGAGGGCCUUUGAAGUCGAAUGAAAUCCGUUCCGGAAGUCCGUUCAACUUCCAAAAUGUUUGGAAACCAAGGCGCGGCUUCUGAUUGGCUGCAGGAAGCUCCUGCAGCCAAUCAGAAGCCAUGUAAACCGCGUCAGACGUUCAGGUUCCAAAGAAUGUUCGCAACCAGAACACUCACUUCUGGGUUUGCUGCGUUCAGGAGCCAAAGCAUUUGACUCGCAAGGCGUUUGCCUUCUGAGGUACUUGGCUUGGCUCCAAAACAAAUCAGCUCCUGAACUCCGCAAACCCGGAAGUGAGUGUUCCGUUCUGCGAACGUUUUUUGGAAGCCAAACGUCCGAUGCGGCUUCCUUAAUCAGAAGCUGCGCCUUGGUUUUCGAAUGGUUUUGGGCGUCAAAUGGACUCCCAGAAUGGAUUAAGUUUGACAACCAAGGUACCACUGUACUAGACUUUCCCCUGCAAUAACAAGGGCUGUGUAAGCUUUGCCCACUUUAAAUUAUAAUUAGGUUCUCUAAAACUCUGCCUCUGCAGCCAGAUUCCAUACUAUAUGGCUACAUCAUGUGGCCAUUGGGGUCAUGCAGAUUUCAGAGUUUCUGGGUUGUAGCUGCUAAUGGCCACUCUUUUGGCUGCAUAAUAAGCUGGCAACAUCGAGUAUGUUAGUCCAACAGAGUUCAUGAAACAGCACUUUAAACUAGAAGCCUAAUUUAUCCUGAAUAAAGGUAAAGGGGUAAAGGGACCCCUGACAGUUAAGGCCAGUCACAGACGUCUCUGGGGUUGUGGCGCUCAUCUCGCUUUAUUGGCCGAGGGAGCCGGCGUACAGCUUCUGGGUCAUGUGGCCAGCAUGACUAAGCCGCUUCUGGCGAACCAGAGCAGCGCACGGAAAUGCCGUUUACCUUCCCGCCAGAGUGGUACCUAUUUAUCGACUUGCACUUUGACAUGCUUUCUAACUGCUAGGUUGGCAGGAGCUGGGACCGAGCAACGGGAGCUCACUCCGUUGGGGGGGAUUCAAACCACCGACCUUCUGAUUGGCAAGCCCUAGGCUCUGUGGUUUAACCCACAGCGCCACCCGCGUCCAUUUUUAAAAAAAAUCCUGGAUAGGAUCUGCAUGCAGGUGAACAGAAUCCUUAGUGGAUAAAUCUUAAAUGUUGGUAUAGGGUAUAUUGGAUUCUCUAUAGUAGAAGGUUUAGUUAUGACAUGGCUCUUUUUGUUUUGUUUUUAAACAGGUAUUUGGCUUCUUAGCUUCAUUUCUGUGUCUCUUAAGUAUAUGGCUAUCCUACAAAGUCUCUUGUGUCACUCAGUCAACAGGUAAGUAUCUAAUCAGUUAAACUGCACCGACCAUAGCUAGCUUGCAUUAUUUAAACAUGGAAUGAACAAUUGGUGGUCCAUCGGCAGAACUGUCUGAGCGUAGGUGAGGAUGACAAGCAAGAGCCUCUUGGACAAGAAAGAUAAAGUGAUUCUACCCAAGACAUUGUCCUCCCCCAACCUGUCAGUAGCAUCAUGGAUUGUCUCGGACAUAAGAAACAGCCUUGUUCACUUGUGUUCUCUGACUCUUGCAACCUAGAUUGUAAACUGCAUUAUAAAGCCGGAGGGACCAAGAUACUCCAUUCCUGUUGUAGCUGCAAGGUUCAGCAAAUAACUCAGCAAUAUGUUUGACCCAUGCCAGCUCACAUUUACGUAAAUUAUACUGCAGACUGACACCACUAGAGCUUCCUCUAUUGGCUCCCUUCAUUGUAAGAUAUUCUUGGCCUGCUAAGCAUAAGCUUGGUACCUAUAAAAUUCCAUCUCAUGUGCAGACACCUCUGAUUUUAUUCAUGCCAUCCCUUCAAUAAAUGACUCAUUAUAUAAAGGAGUGGAUUAAAAAAAAGGUGUACCUGCUCAUUAGCUGCUUUGAGCAGAUGGAAUAAAAUAUUUUAAAUAAAUACUCACAGUUAACUAUAAUUUAGCUGGUGACCUUUAUCAAGGAUAAAAACAUUUGAACACACUUGCUUACAUUAUUAAAAAAAAAAUUAUUCAUGCCUGAACAUUUGCACUCUCAUUCCGUAUUAAUUUCUCCCUGUUCAUGUCUAUAUUUAAAAAAAAUUAAGACAAAAAUCUUCUGGUUUGGUACUGUUUGUAUAUACCGUAUUUUUCGCUCUAUAAGAUGCACUUUUCCCUCCUAAAAAGUAAGGGGAAAUGUGUGUGCGUCUUAUGGAGCAAAUGUAGGCAGGAGGCUCUGCGCAGUGCUCCCUUUAAAGAGCCCCAUGGAGUGUGUGUGCUGCUCUUGGGGGCUUUUCCCUGAGGAGGAGCCUUUAUCCUGCUGCCCGGAAGAGGCUAUGUGCGGCUAUCCCAUAAGCCAGGACAGUAAGAGGGAUCGCUGCGCAGCGAAUAUUUUUUUUCCUUGUUUUCCUUCUCCAAAAACUAGGUGUGUCUUAUGGUCUGGUGCGUCCUAUAGAGCUAAAAUAUGGUCAUUCAGCAUUUAAAAAUAUUUAUUAGAAGCUCCUGCACCUGCUCGCUCCAUGUGCCACCCCUACCUGCCAAUCCCUUUGCCCACCUCUUUCUCCCACACACCAAUACCAUCUAUGCAUCAACUCUUUUGUUUACCAAUGUACCCCUUCACCUAUUUCCUCACAGCUCACCCAAACAUGCCCCUUUCCUUCUAGGUUGCCCAAACACCUGCCCUCUUUUAAAGGAGGGGAGAAGCAUUUCAGAAUAUGGUUUGGCCAACUGCUCUCUGAAUCAUCUCCCACCUUCUGUUUAAACAGCUUGACUUGGCCUCUCGCCACCUGCAUUGCUUCCUCACUCAUCUGCCUGCCUACUCUUCUGUUGCCACACUGGAAUUAGCAUAGUUGCCUGCUGAAGGUCACGCAAACUGCAGUGUGAUGACAGCCUUACAUUUUUAUGUAUAUAGGAUGAUAUCACAUCUACACUGAGAGAUGGGGUCUUGCUGUAGAGGCAUCAAUGCAGACAGAAUGGAUAUUGGGUGGUUCCAAGUCACCCCUUGCCCUCUUAAGUAUGUGACAAAUCUACCAUUACAUCUUCAUGUCCCAAACACUUACAAAGCUCUCUCCUCUUUCAUCGGAUGAAAUUGUUUUGUGAGCUUGCCUAGAAAAUUCAUGUUUUGGAGCAGAUAUAUAAAUUGUGUCUGUAAUUUGCUUGACAAGUUUAUUCUAGUCAUUCUCUCUGUUUCUUUUUCAGAUGCUGCUGUGUGAAACUUUUGGCACUUACGAUGCACACACCAAACUGAGGUUUUCAUAGGCUAACAGACAGCAAAUGUAUGUAAGAUGGAAUUUUGUUCUGGUGAUGUUCUUGAGGACUUGCUUUUGUAAUGACUCCUGAAACCUCUUACUAAGUGAGCUGACCACCAGAUGGCUCUGGUCUUACACUCCUCAUAUUCAUUUGUCCAGAUUGUUAGUACCAGCAGUCUCUAUACUGCAUUGUCUUAAUACCAAGAUUCUUGUAUUAGGGAAUCUGUUUUUUCUUUCUUUCUGCAAACAAGGGGAAACCAGGAUUGAAAUUCUUAGCCAUGAUCUGGGUGACCAGAUGUUUUCCCUCAGCCUAACCUACCUCACAGGAUUGUUGUGAGGAUAAAAUGCAGAGGUUGAUGGAGAACUGUGUAUUCUGCAUUGAGCUCCUUUAAGGAAAAGUGGGGUGUAAAUGUAAAAAUGAGUAUUCUAUGCCACGAUUUGGUAGGAGCUAGCUCCCCUCUCUUCAUGUUGUUAUCACUCAAGCUACCUGAGUGAUCUGAACUGGGACCUGCAUAUAAAGGUUGAAGGUGGGAAAUUUACUGUGUUUCCUUUCAUCUGCAGCUGGAAAAUGCUACAUUUUACCAUGGACCAGCAGCUGCUUUAUAUUAAGUUAUACAUGCAAAGUCUCUUGCUUACCUCUGCCUUUCCUGGCUUUUGGCUCCCGGUGCGAGAAAAGGCAUUUGAUAAUUUAUGUUUUUACUGGCUUACUGUGAAUAUGUCUUCAGAAGUGAAACAGAGUUUCCUUUGUGUCCUAGUGUUUCUUCUGUUUUUAAGUAUUUUUAUUCAUGACAAAAUAAUUUUAAAUAAAUUUUAUACCUCAAAAACAC